AUGGCUUUGCUUGUAAACGUUGAAGGCACAUAUCAGCCCUUCGCACCACCAGGCGAAGUCAUCAAAUACCCAGACCAUCGGGCUUGGAAGAAAUGCGAGCGCAAGAUUUACAUCGAUCUUCCACCAGAAUCGGGGCAUUCGGAAAGCAAGAGGGCUAUCGUGUCUACCGGACAGAUCAAAACGCUGCUCAUGAGCGUGUACGAUAUGGGACAGUACAAGGUGGGACAGGGAUAUCUCUAUGCCAUGUUGGUUCUGCAACAGGUGAAUAGGGCAACGAACACCUACAAGCGCAUUGGUUACAUGACAUUGGAAACCCGGAAGGGGUUCGAUGUGUCCAGCCUUCCGCUAGGCUUAAUAGGCAACGAGGAGAUUCUGCACAUUGUUUAG